AUGGCAGUUUCUGUAACCAUUUUGGUUCUCAUCAUCGCUCUGCAUCUCAUAGCCUUCGUCUUUGCCAUUGGCGCCGAGCGACGUCGUAGCGAGGCCAAAGUGCUCCCCGACGAGUACGACGACCGAACCUUCUGCGUUUACACCACCGACGCGUCAACCAUCUACGGCCUCGCUGCCGUCGCUCUCCUGCUCCUCAGCCACGCCGUCCUCAACGCUGUAACUCGAUGCCUUUGCUGCGGCAAAGGGCUUGUUUCUGGUUGCUCCACCACUUGCGCUGUCUUAUCCUUCAUCAUCUCAUGGAGUAGUUUUCUGGGAGCAGAGGCGUGUUUGUUAGCAGGGUCUGCGAGGAAUGCAUACCACACCAAGUACCGAGGGUAUUUUGUUAACCACGAUUUGUCUUGUGCUACCCUGCGCAAAGGUGUGUUUGCUGCUGGAGCUGCCUUGACCUUGUUGUCCAUGUUGGCCUCCAUUUUGUACUAUUGGGCACACUCCAAGGCUGAUACUGGUUUCUGGGAGAAGCACCGCAAUGAAGGACUUGGAUUGGCCACACAACACCACCACCACCACCACCAAGGUGCUGACUCUGAUAAGGCUUGA